GGCUCAGAUAACUGUUCUGCUCUGAGAGGAUGCCAGAAGAAGUGAGGAGUAAAUUUUUCCACUAAAAAGAAAACAUGGCCAACGGUCGACAGGCUAACCGGGAGCUGACUGAGGUGCUAAAUCAACUGUGGCAUCUGGACACUAACCGUCUAAAGCCGGGGACCGAUUACAGAAUUUCCCUUCAGGGGAAGGCGGGUUAUGUGGCUCCGGGCAGUAACCAAGCCAGGGAUCGGGCCCACGCUCCUCUCUUUGCAUACGUCAAUGAGGAAAAACUACACAACAUUGAGACAUUUGCUCAUUUUAUCAACUUGCUGGACAACUAUGAAACAUCUACAGGCGUGUCAGAGACGGUCACUUCUGAAGAGCUGCAAGAGAAUAGGCUCUUUAUUGAUGCCAUCAUGGAGACCGAGGUCAUGAAGUGUGCUCACAAGUAUCUGGUGAAGAAAGGCCAGUCGCCCGCAGACCCAGGACAGUUCAAGAGACAGCUGUAUGACAUCUGGUUUCGCCUCUACCACAGAGACAGGAGAGGAGGGGAGGAUUCUUGUGGCUUUGAACAUGUGUUUGUUGGAGAAACCAAACAUGGCCAGGAGAUCAUGGGUCUGCACAACUGGGUGCAGUUCUACCUGCAGGAGAAGCACGGCCAUGUGGACUACAAAGGCUACAAAGCAAGGGACAACAAAGACUCGCCUGAUGAGGACGACCAUGUCCUAAACCUGCAGUUCAGCUGGAAAGAUCUGGUAAAGCCGAUCGGAGGCUCCUUCAUCGGCGUCAGCCCAGAGUUUGAGGUCGCCCUGUUCACCAUCAUCUUCCUCAUGUCGACUGAGAAGAUGACGUCAGUGGUGGUGAAAGUGGAUGAGUACGUGUUGGAGCUGGUGGUCUAUCGGCACGGCCGCUCCAUUGGCACGUCCUACCCCAAACUGCUCAGCAGCAACAACAGGGAUUUGUAGUGUUACUGCCAUCCACUCGGAUAUACUGUUAUAUUCCUCUAACCUUAAAACAAACAUGGAGCAGGUUGUUCCAUAUGCACUAAAGCUCAGCCUUUAAACAUUUCCUAACCAGAAGUUGACUGAUAAUGGAGGAUUAUACAUGAUAAUCACAUCUAUAGCGUAUUCUGCGUCCUGUUACGGUAUAUGUACUUAUUCCAAAAUAAUUAUUUCUCUUAUCUGUGCUCAAUUUAAGACUUUUUUUUAGCCAGAAUGGUUACUUUUUUAAAUACAAAGUUUUGAUUUUCAUCUGCAUUGCUGAUGUGGUUAAUUUCCUCUGAAAUAUUUUGAAAAAUAAUCAGCUUGUUUACUGUCAAAUUAAUAAAGGCUGUAUGUGUAGUUCAUUGAAUAAAAUUGCUUGUUUUAGAACCAA